AUGAACAUCCUCCGGAAGUUCACAUCGUUCGUUGCCGGUCCAACGAAGAUGGUCUUAGUAGUACGCUCGGACUUAGGAUUAAGGAAGGGGAAAAUCGCUUCACAGUGUUCCCAUGCGGCCGUCCUGUGCUACAUGCGAUCCGCUAGUGUUAACAAAGUCAAGCUCCAUCUGUGGUUGCGGCAAGGGCAGCCGAAAAUUGUCGUUAAAGUGGACAGCCUAGAGGAAAUGCAACAAAUCGCCAGACUGGCCAGCGAUAAGAAUGUGGUGGCCGAAAUAGUCAGAGAUGCCGGGAGAACUCAGGUUAGCAGCGGAACGGAGACUGUGCUGGGAAUUGGACCUGACUUGAGCAACGUUGUAGAUUCUUUCACGGGGCAUUUGAGACUGUUAUGAAGAAUAAAUGGAUUUUCGGGUAACAGUUACUACAGUAGUUCGUACAAAUUGACCAAAUAUAUUUCAGUUAUCAAAACUUU